GAGAGACUCGCGCGCCGAGUGCCGCAGAUACACACGCGCUUCUGCUGCAGGUGAGAGGCGCGCGCUGGACAUAGGGACAGUCCUCGCGCUGGAAUUUUAAUGACACAUUCCUAGCAUCUCAGCCGGGAUUAUAUCUCAAUUUUUGUUCAAUUUUGUAUUUUGCCUUAACGUUGAACAACACAGUGGCACUGCGGAGAUUUUUGUUACUCUCUCUAAAGCAAGUGAGAGAACUAUUAGACAUAUAGUGGACUGGAGAAAUCUGCGCGCUUCUGUGCACAGACCAGGCACGCUGAGAGGACAGAUUAUUUGCGGUUUAUAUCCGUAACACACGGAGCGAAGAAGUUCGCAACCUCCAGUGAUAUGUUACAUUUCGUGUGGUGGGAUAUCAUCUGAGUCAGACAGUUCAGACAACUGGAUUUAAAACGAGUUUAAUUGAUUUCGCAAUGGAUUGAAUUUCUGGCUUUGCUGCCAUAAAUGAAAACACUUUCGGCGAUGUCAAGUCAUGGCAAAGACGGAGUAGUCUCAGCAAGUAAUUUCUGGCAAGUUAACAUUUAACGCAUUUUGUGAGAGAAAAUGCAUUUAUCUAAAUGUCGUGUAUAUUUUUGAAGGACAAAUCCAUGGAUAAAACGGAAUCUUAGAGGAGAAAAGACAAUAUGCGCUGUUCCUGACUUCGGUUACCUCAGUGAGCUAUCCGGUCGUGAACACACAUGAACUGAGAAACAGGCGGUUUACGCCAAAGAGACGAUUAAUAUUUGUUAGACAAAUAAAACAAAAUCAACGCAUUUUUAUUGUAAUAAACAGCAAGGAACAAUGAGGACGACGGCACUUGUGGACUGUGUAAGCUACUGCUUUCUUAUUUUGCAGCUGCUGAGUCAGCCCGCAGCCAAGCAAGUGCUCCGGUACCGCCUGGCUGAAGAGGGUCCCGCCGAUGUCCGAGUCGGUAAUGUAGCCGCGGACCUCGGCAUAACUGCUGGCAUGGACGUGACUUUCACUCUCGAAUCCGGUUCUGAAUACUUUAAAAUCGACAACAUGACCGGAGACCUGAGCACGAACGAGCGACGGAUAGACCGCGAGAAGCUGCCGCAGUGUCAGAUGAUUUUUGACGAGAACGAGUGUUUUAUAGAUUUUGAAGUGUCCGUGAUCGGACCCGCGCAAAGCUGGGUCGAUCUCUUUGAGGGGAAAGUAAUUAUUUUAGAUAUAAAUGACAACACGCCAUCGUUUCCCUCUCCUGUUCUCACACUCUCAGUCGAGGAGAACAGACCGAUUGGCACACUUUAUCUUCUGCCCACGGCCACCGACAGAGAUUUCGGAAGGAACGGAAUAGAGAGAUACGAGUUGAUUCAGGACAACGCCGAUAGCUCCGUCAGACGAAUGGGCACUUCAGGCACCGGCGGUGUUGACACUCACACGGGAAAGCGGAGAUUUGACGACGGCGCGAGCCGGAGCAGCGUGUUUGAACUUCAAGUUGCUGACACCACAGACGGCGAGAAGCAGCCGCAGCUUAUUAUCAAAGGCGCGCUGGACAGAGAGCAGCGCGACUCAUACGAGCUGACUCUGCGUGUUAGAGAUGGGGGCGAUCCCCCACGCUCGUCCCAAGCCAUCCUUAGAGUCAUGAUCACUGAUGUCAAUGAUAACACCCCACGUUUCGAAAAAAGCGUAUAUGAGACAGACCUGCCAGAAAACAGCUCCCCUGGUGCCCCCAUCCUCCAGCUAAAAGCGGGCGAUACUGACGUUGGGGUCAAUGGACAGAUCGAGUAUGUGUUUGGGGCAGCCACAGAGUCAGUGAGACGUUUGCUGCGGCUGGACGAGAGCACUGGCUGGCUCAGUGUUUUGCAUCGAAUCGACCGUGAAGAUGUGAGCCAGCUUCGCUUUACGGUCAUGGCACGUGACCGUGGUCAGCCCCCUAAGACCGACAAGGCAACAGUGAUUAUCAACAUCAAGGAUGAAAACGACAACGUUCCUAAUAUUGACAUACGAAAAAUCGGACGCAUUUUUCUUAAAGACGGUGUGGCCAAUGUGGCCGAGGACGUCAUUGUUGACACCCCCAUUGCUCUGGUCCAAGUUUCAGAUCGUGAUAAAGGGCCAAAUGGUAUAGUGACGUGCACUGUAGUGGGUGACGUUCCGUUUCAGCUCAAACCGGCUAGUGAGGUCGAGGGUGAGAUGAAUAAAAAGAAGUACUUUCUCCAUACGUCAGCACCACUUGAUUAUGAAGCAGUGCAGGAGUAUAAUGUGGUCAUUGUUGCUGUUGACUCAGGCAGCCCUAGUCUCUCUAGCAACAAUUCCCUUAUAGUGAAAGUGGGGGACAUGAAUGACAAUCCACCAGUUUUUAGCAAAAGCACAGUUGAAGUUUCAUUUUUUGAGAACAAUGCUCCUGGCGAGCGUGUAGUGACAGUAGUGGCCUUAGACGCAGACAGUGGCAAAAAUGCAGAGAUCUCAUACUCCCUGGACUCCUCUGUGAGCGGAAUAUUUUCCAUUGAUGAAGACACGGGUGACAUCCGUGUCAACACUAUACUUGACAGGGAGCAGACGGAGAGGUACGAGUUCAAAGUUAUCGCCAAAGACAAGGGCAUGCCUAUUCUGCAGGGCUCAGCCACGGUGGUCGUCAUGGUGGCAGAUAAAAAUGACAAUGAACCAAAGUUUAUGCAGGAUGUCUUUACUUUCUACGUGAAGGAAAACCUCCAACCCAACAGCCCUGUUGGCAUGGUAACGGUCAUGGAUUCUGAUAAAGGACAAAAUGCGGACAUGAGUCUAUACAUUGAGGAGGAAGAGGACAUUUUCUCCAUUGACAACAAUACAGGCACCAUUUACUCAACCAUGGCUUUUGACCGCGAGCAGAAAACCACGUAUUGGUUCCGUGUCAAAGCUGUUGAUGGAGGUGAUCCUCCUCGGUCUGCUACGGCCACCGUGUCUCUUUUUGUAAUGGAUGAGAAUGAUAAUCCUCCCACUAUUACUUUUCCCAUGAAUAGCUCAUACACGCUUCUCCCCCCCUCUAGCAAUGUGAGAACGGUGGUCAGGACUGUCUCGGCGACCGAUACUGAUACAGGAGUCAAUGCUGAGCUGAGCUACAGCAUAGUCGGAGGCAACCCAUUUAAAUUAUUUGAAAUAGAUACAGUAACUGGUGUGAUCUCAUUAGUUGGCAAACUAGAACAGAAACAUUUUGGCCUCCAUCGUUUGGUCGUGCAGGUGAAUGACAGUGGCGUUCCAUCACAAAGCACAACCACACUGGUGCACAUAUAUGUCAACGAAACGCUUUCCAACUCGACUGUUGUGGAGGCGCAGAUUGCCCGAAGCCUUGGUACGCCACUCAAUGCUGACAUUGCAGGCGACCCCAACUAUGACUUGGGAAAGCAACGGCUAAGCAUUGCCAUCGGGGUUGUGUCAGGCAUCAUGACGGUCAUUCUUAUCAUCCUGGUGGUAGUCAUGGCCCGCUACUGCAGACCCAAGAACAAGAAUGGCUACGAGGCAGGAAAGAAAGACCACGAGGACUUCUUUACACCUCAGCAACACGACAAAAGCAAAAAACCCAAGAAAGACAAGAAUAAGAAAAAGUCUAAACAACCUCUAUAUAGCAGCAUCGUCACUGUUGAAGCCUCCAAGCCAAACGGGCAGCGCUACGAUGGCGUUAAUGAGAAACUGUCGGACAGUCCAGGAAUGGGCCGCUAUAGAUCUGUCAAUGGCGGCCCCGGAAGCCCAGAUCUUGCCCGGCAUUACAAAUCCAGCUCACCUUUGCCCACUGUUCAGCUGCACCCACAGUCACCCACGGCGGGAAAAAAGCACCAAGCUGUUCAGGACCUGCCACCGGCGAACACAUUUGUGGGCACUGGAGAUAACAUAUCCAUCGGAUCAGACCACUGUUCUGAGUACAGUAGCCAAACCAUCAACAAGUACAACAAACAACCGUUCCGCCGAGUGACCUUCUCGGUGGUGAGCCAGCCCCAGGACCCGCACCAGGGCUCGCUGCAGAGCUGCUACGACAGCGGUCUGGAGGAGUCGGAGACGCCCAGCAGCAAGAGCUCAUCAGGCCCCAGACUAGGUGCCCUUCCUCUACCUGAAGACGCCUAUGAGAGGACUACGCCCGAUGGCAGUGUCGGUGAGGCAGAGCAUAUGGAAAAUGACUCUCGGCCCCUGCCUGACGUAGCUAUGACGGGUAAAUGCACCCGGGAGUGUGACGAAUACGGCCACUCGGACGCCUGCUGGAUGCCCGUGCGCACCUCACCCGAACGCAGACCCAAGGCCACCCCUCCCAAACUCUCCACCUUCAUGACCUCCCCCGGAGGCGGCGUCGCCGACCAGCCCGGUAGCCAGGAGACGCUGGCCGUCGCCAACGGUGACCCCUCGCACCUGCUGGGCGACCGUAACCGCAAUCUCCUUAACAAGAAGAUGGCCUCCUCUUCCUCAUCCUACGACACGUUUAGUUCGGCCGGAUUUUCGGCCAGCGAGGAAACGUCUCGCCCCAUGGAGGAGAUUCCGCUGGCGCCCGCAGGCGAAUAUAAGCCGACACAAUGCGGAACUCUCACCAGGCGAGAGGUUUACCUGUAAACGACACACGGCGACUAACAGGGGACAACAACAGUGACUCAGCAUGGUCAGAGAUGCUGUUCGCAAACCAAACCCUGAUGCAAAAGCAACAUGGAUUUUCCUCUAACUGCUUGCACUUAAUGAAAGUCAGUGCUUAAAUAGAUCUUAAAGUAAAUCAAAACCGUGGGAUUACAUGUUGUAAAUGUGUGUGAGACGGAUGAGAUGAAGAGAGAGGGGAAGUGGCGGAGGUGGAGAGACGGGAAUGCUACUUUGCUGCUGGCGUUCCGGGCCCCGUAGACUUCCCCAAAGUGCUGCCUGGUUUCUGUAGACCUCUUUAUAAACAUGCAUGCAUCAUCUUGUCCCCUAGAGUGUUUCUCCCACUUCAAAUGGAUAUACGUUUUCGUCUUUUUUUACCGUUGAUAUGAAACCACUGGUUCUGUCUUCAAAUCAGUUUUCUUGGGGGGGGGAGUGUUUUUAUGUGGACGUAUUAUGUCGAUAUGCAAUCAGUCCGAGUACUGAACUAUCCACUCUGGACAAACCGAUCACAUUACCCAAGAAUAAAAAAGGACACAUGCCAACGAAGGACGAAAAUCAUUUUGUUGGCGUAGAAGUGGAGCGUUUGGGGUCAGGCAUCGGGCCGGUGCGUCGUACAUGACGCGAUCUUUGACUUUAGCCUUUUCCAAGGGUUUAUAGAUACUCAAAUGGCGCAAGUGAACGGCGAUCGCGCUGUAACUUACAGCGCAGGAAGCAAGUUUACCUGUGUGCCUAACUUCACAUACACGCUAAGGACACAAGCAUACACUAAUUCAGAAAUGCACGCUUUCUCAUGUCAGUAAAGUAUUGUACAUAUAUAUACUGUAAAGGUACUCUGGACACAUGCAUUGAAAUCAUAAGCGAUCCGUUUUCAUCGUGCUCUCAUCCGUCUUUUCUCAGUAUACCUCUGGAAAUAGAGAAAGGAUUUUUACGUCCUAGAAAUUGUUGUUUAUUUGCCUGAAUGCCAUGGAUAUGUGUAAUUGUGGUUGUUCUGUUCACCUUUCUCUCUAAAUGUGUGAAACUAUGCUAAGUUCGUUAUUUGAUCUCAAAAUGGCCCUUGCGAAUAGAUCCACACAUUGUAUAUACACAUGGUCCCAUUAAGCCACUAUUUGGAUAUGCUGCUGGGGUGAAUUGGUCUAAUAAUACUGCCCUGCUGAGGAGCUUGGGCUGGCCCUGGGUAACAUUCUCCGAGUAUGAAUGUUAAAUAGAGCAAUAAACUCAUUCACUCGAUCUCACACAUUUCAAAAAAUAAGCAAGGAUUAAACCCGUGUCCCUUGUGUUAUUUGUAAACGGACUUCUCGUACAAUCACAAAGAAAUUCAGCGACUACAGGAGCGAUCGCAAUGCAACGCAUGUCGCCGCUGUGUAACCAAAGUAUUAGGCACAACAUGCGAUAUGAAAGGCUGGGUGCUCCUGCAAAGCUCCUGUUUGGGUUAUGCAUUGCUUUAAUUACCUUCAAAACAUUUCAGCGCGAUGUGAAGGAGUUUGUGAAGUAUGCACACAUAUACACAUGAAUCAUGGGCCUAUCCCUAAUAACACGGAGUACACACAUAGGAGGCAUCAUGCUUUUAAAACCGGUGGUAAAUUAUUCAGAUGCAAUUGAUAUUUUUUGUAUGUUAAUGAUUCCUUCAGUUCGAAUGGACCGCCUUUGUCGCAGGUUCCGAUUCUGUAGUCUGUAUGUACUACUCGUGUUUAAAAAGAAGUGCUAUGAUGCUUACAAACUGUAUACAUAGAUAUGUACUUUUUAUUGCACGUUUAAAGGGAAUCUACACUUAUUAUGAAGAAAAAAAGUUUUAAAAAAAAGUAACAAAGUCAACUAUCAUACCCUGUGAACAUGGAAGUCCAUUGCUUGCAUUUGUUACAAACACUAGACAUUGUAAUAUGACUGUGUAUAUUGAUUUGAUGAGGAUGAAAAUGAAACGUACACUUUAGUGAUUCACUGAUUUAGCGUCAUAUCAUUUGUUACUUAUUUAUUUAUAUAUAUUUUUAUAGCAGCUGUACUUUAUCCAUCAGUUCUGUUUUUGUUGCCAAGAGCGCAGUUAAACCUUUCUUUAUAUUUGUCAAAUUCAAUUCCAAAACUCGAUAGGACUUACCUUAGAUUUCUGUUUAAUGUCUGUGUUCAAAUAUACGCUCGCUCAUAAUAAAAUCCCCCCCUCUUCAGAACUCAUCCAUCAUAGCUUUCCCUUUCGUCCCAGUGCCACUUUGUAUAUGUAAAUGUGCUUCUGUAAAAAACAGACAAAAAAAUCAAAACAAAACUAUAGAGUGAAUGCAAAAUAUGCAACUGUGCCUUUUUAUACCUUUAUUGGUAUGACUCGUUGGUUUUAACCAGUAUGAAACCAAUUGUAUUGAAAUGCUUUCUAAAAGUGGAGAAAGAGUACUUUAUGCUGAAACUACAGUCCUGGCAAUUUUACUAUGAUAGACUUUCAAAUAACAAAAGCUUUUAUCUUGUGGCUUCUUUAAGUAAGCUCGGUCAAACUUUGUCAAGUAUAUCGAUGAGUAACAACUGUACAUGUCAUAGGUGAUACCCUGGUAUAUCCAUCCAUUUCAAAGUUAGCAUGGUCACAUUUCCAAGCUGCGAUUUAUACGCGAGAAUAAUUUUAGUGUUGAACGCGACGGUUUGGUGGAUAUCAGUUAAGGAAACAACACAAUAUGUAUCCAUUAGAGAUAAAGCAGAAACGCAGUUUUUCCUAGUAUAAGGAGGUAGAAGAUACAGUAAUGAAAGCACCAAAGGUUUGUAAAUAGGACACACACCUCAGAGGAGUGGAGGUUAAUAUCAUAUGAUAUACGAGAUUAGAGAAUCAAGGUCGGAUCGAUUCUUUUGGAAACAGUCAGCAUUUUACUUCCCAGACAAAAGUGACAUCUCGCUUUGGUUAAACUGUAUUUUUCCUAUUUGUAUACAUUCUGAGGUGUGUGUUCCUGAAGCUUUCAAUCUAGAGGAUAUAAGACUUAAGUUGUAGCGCUUAGGUCAUAGGCCACUUCACAGAUAAUGAAAAAAAAGAAAUCGUAAUUUUCAAUCAUACUCUAUUUGUCCUUUGACUUGGAUGUUGAUGUAGACUUGAGGAUUGAGUUUAAUCAUUGUUUUAUUAGGAGUCACUAUGCACGCAGCUUAGCUGAACAUGGCAAAUGUACUGAGCGCAAGCCCACCUCUAUUUAUGAUCUAUUUUACAUACUUUUUGCUUUUGUACAGGUAUUUCUGUAAAUAAAUUGCUUGUCAUUUUUGUCUCUGCAGAAAUUAAAAUAUACCAUGAACA